CGCGGUGAACGACCUCCAUUUUGUGAGAGCCAGUGGACCCGAGUCGACCGUCGUCCCGUGAGGAGAUCAAACCGACAAAUAACCGACACAAAAACUGAACUUAGCCGACGAUCAGCUUGUUAUCCAAGUCACUAUCCGAAAGGAAAGCAAAUCUUAUCGUAUGUCCGCUAUUCAGAACCUCCAAACCUUUGACCCCUUUGCUGAUGCAACUAAGGGUGAUGAUCGACUCCCAGCCGGGACAGAGGACUACAUCCACAUAAGAAUCCAGCAGCGGAACGGCAGGAAGACCCUCACUACUGUCCAGGGCAUCUCGGCCGACUAUGACAAGAAGAAGCUAGUCAAGGCCUUCAAGAAGAAGUUCGCCUGCAAUGGGACAGUGAUUGAGCACCCAGAGUAUGGUGAAGUAAUCCAACUUCAGGGUGACCAGCGCAAGAAUAUCUGCCAGUUCUUGAUUGAGAUUGACCUGGCCAAGGAGGAGCAGCUCAAAGUCCACGGCUUUUAGGAGCUGCCAGCAGCCCUCUCCCCUUCUGUCCUGGAAGGCCAUUAAGUGCCCCACCCCAACCCUCUUCCCCCUUUUCCUAUGCUCUGCUGUUGCUCUUCCUCCCCCUUCUCUCCCCUUCUGCAGUCCCCCCAGCUCCUAUUAAGUAACACGUGAAUUACCUCUGAAUAACAUGGGACUCUGUAACACCACUGUUCCCCUACAACACCAGGGGGCAGGCUUGCGCUCACAAAGACACACCACUGCAGCUCCACACAUCAGGGAUGAGUGGUGAUGACCCUCCCACUCACAUUUCCUCCAUGUCCCUUGCGUUUUAUUUCCUUUUUUCUUUUUAGGUCUUGUGCCGCAACGAGGCGCAGUUUCAUGUAAUGUUUUUGUUUUGUAUUUAAAGGUGUUUCAAUAAAACGAUGAGUCUCCAUAA